UCGUCAAAACUUUGCCCUCAGCAUCAAAUCAUCAUCGCGCGCGUCGGGCAUCGCGCGCAACUUCUCGAAGCACACCCCCGACCGACCGACGAUACAGUCCGGCGCGACUUCCGAGCUUUCGCGACUUUCGAGGUGGCGGCGACGGGGGAGACUAGCCCGAGGAUCUCCUGGGCCGUUGGCCAGGACAGGCGUUGCCGUUCAGCGCCAUCAUCAUUCACGUCUGAAGGCACUUGCCAUCGAUUUAGCGACUUUGCGCGAUAGAGAAUCUGGUUUUCCGCAUUUCUUUCUCCUUGACACCGACUUUUCGCGCCUCGCUGCGUUUUCGCGCGCGUCCUGACCGCAGUUCUCACUUUUCGCUCCUUUUUCGUUCCCGCCGGAAUCAUCCCCAACCGCCACCAUGGCAAACCUCUACUUCACCCACUCGAGCGCUCCGCUCAAGACGGUGGAAGAGAUUCAGUUCGGCUUGAUGUCCCCCGAGGAAAUCAAGAAUAUGAGUGUCUGCCAUAUCCUAUACCCCGAGACGAUGGAAGAGAACAAGGUUAAACCACGCGAUGGUGGCCUCAACGACCCUCUUCUCGGCUCGAUCGAUCGACAGUUUCGAUGCAAGACCUGCAACCAGGCGAUGGGCGAGUGUCCCGGUCACUUCGGACACAUUGAGCUCGCGAAACCCGUGUACCAUCCGGGUUUUAUCAAGAAGGUCAAGAAGAUUUUGGAGAUUGUCUGCCACAACUGCAGUAAAGUGUUGGCCGAUAAAAGCGAUGUCGAAUUCGCUGCGGCCAUCAACACUCGAGACCCCAAAGUCCGCUUCCACCGUGUUUGGGAGGUUUGCAAGAAGAAGCAUAGAUGCGAGAACGAAGACAGGAACGACAAGAACAAGGAGGAAUUUGCUCCGGGAUUGAAGCUGCCUGCGGUCGAGAACCACGGUGGCUGUGGCAAUGUGCAGCCCAACGUCCGACAAGCCGCUCUCCAGCUCAAGGCCGCCUUUGAUGUUCCCCAGGAGGAUGGCGUCAAGCGCCGAGAGACCACUCCCAUCACCCCGGAGAUGGCCCACGCAAUUCUUCGAAGGAUCAGUGAGGAAGACCUGCUCAACAUGGGUCUCAACUCUGAUUACGCUCGCCCCGAGUGGAUGGUCCUGACCGUCCUCCCGGUGCCUCCCCCUCCCGUCCGGCCCAGUAUCUCCAUGGAUGGCACCAGCACUGGCAUGCGAAACGAAGAUGAUUUGACCUACAAGCUGGGUGAUAUCAUUCGUGCCAACGGUAAUGUCAAGCAGGCUAUCCGUGAAGGAUCUCCUCAGCACAUUGCGAGAGACUUCGAGGAGUUGCUGCAGUACCACGUCGCAACCUACAUGGACAAUGAUAUUGCUGGCCAGCCCCGUGCUCUGCAAAAGAGUGGACGUCCUGUCAAGGCUAUUCGAGCUCGUCUAAAGGGCAAGGAAGGUCGUCUCCGUGGCAAUUUGAUGGGAAAGCGUGUCGAUUUUUCGGCUCGUACUGUCAUCACUGGUGAUGCCAAUCUUUCUCUCCACGAAGUCGGUGUUCCCCGCAGUAUUGCGAGGACUCUGACAUACCCGGAGACUGUAACGCCAUACAACAUCGGCCGGCUGCACCAGCUUGUUGAGAACGGACCGAAUGAGCACCCGGGAGCCAAGUACGUUAUCCGGUCUGACGGCACUCGAAUCGAUCUGCGACAUCACCGACGUGCAGCACAGAUUUCUCUGGAAUACGGAUGGAAGGUUGAGCGUCAUCUGAUUGAUGGUGACUACAUCAUCUUCAACCGUCAGCCUUCACUUCACAAGGAGUCUAUGAUGGGUCAUCGUGUCCGCGUCAUGCCCUAUUCCACUUUCCGCCUGAACCUGUCCGUCACAUCUCCAUACAACGCCGAUUUCGACGGUGACGAGAUGAACUUGCACGUUCCUCAAAGUGAAGAGACGCGAGCUGAAGUGAAGGAGCUCUGUCUUGUGCCCUUGAACAUUGUGUCGCCCCAGAAGAACGGACCCCUGAUGGGUAUUGUCCAGGACUCUCUGGCCGGUGUCUACAAGCUCUGCCGACGAGACACUUUCCUUACCAAGCAACAAGUGAUGGACCAGAUGCUGUGGGUUCCCAACUGGGAUGGCAUCAUCCCUCAGCCAGCCAUCUUGAAGCCCCAACCCCGAUGGACUGGUAAGCAGAUCAUCAGCAUGGUCAUUCCCAAGGAAGUGAGCUUGCACAGCGUCCCGGACAGCAAAGAAGAUAACCCUCUUAAGGAUGAGGGUCUUCUGAUCCAGUCGGGCCAUCUCAUGUGGGGUCUUCUCACUAAGAAGUACGUUGGUGCGGCUGCUGGAGGUAUUGUCCACGUCAGCUACAACGAACUUGGACCCCAGGGCGCCAUGGCGUUCCUGAACGGUGUGCAGCAAGUUGUGACUCACUGGCUGUUGCAAACUGGUCACAGUAUCGGUAUCGGUGACACGAUUCCUGACAAGGCGACCAUUGAAAAGGUCCAGGUCCAUAUCGAUGAGGAGAAGGCUGAGGUAGCGAGGUUGACUGCACAAGCCACCGCGAACGAGCUGGAAGCCCUUCCUGGUAUGAACGUCCGAGCCACCUUUGAGAACAAGGUCUCCAUGGCCCUGAACCAGGCUCGUGACAAGGCCGGUACCACUACACAGAAGAGUCUGAAGGAUUCGAACAACGCCGUCACCAUGGCCUCUUCCGGUUCCAAGGGUUCAUCCAUCAACAUCUCACAGAUGACUGCUCUUGUCGGUCAGCAGAUUGUUGAGGGCAAGCGUAUUCCCUUCGGAUUCAAGUACCGUACGCUCCCCCACUUUACCAAGGAUGAUUACUCUCCCGAAGCCCGUGGCUUCGUCGAGAAUUCUUAUCUACGUGGCCUUACCCCGUCCGAGUUCUUCUUCCACGCCAUGGCUGGUCGAGAAGGUCUUAUUGAUACCGCUGUCAAGACUGCUGAAACUGGUUAUAUCCAGCGUCGACUGGUCAAGGCACUCGAGGACUUGAGUGCGCGAUACGAUGGAACCGUCCGAAACUCUUUGGGAGAUGUUGUGCAAUUCUUAUACGGCGAAGACGGUCUGGAUGCUAUGUGCAUCGAGAAGCAAAAGCUGGGAAUUCUCAACAUGUCGGACUCUCAAUUUGAGAAGAAGUACCGACUGGAUCUUGCCAAUCCUCCAGAAUGGUUCAAGAAGGACUACGAAUACGGCAACGAGUUGACUGGAGACAAGCCCUCCAUGGCCCUCCUGGAUGCUGAGUGGGAUGCAUUGCUCUCUGAUCGUCGGGUGGUUCGAAGAAUCAACAAGGCCAAGAUGAACGAGGAAAUGAUGCAGUUGCCUCUUCAUAUUGGUCGUGUCAUCGAGUCAGCCAAGCGGGUCUUUAACGUCAAGGCCAACGAUCGUAGUAACCUGCGACCGUCGGAUGUUAUUGUUUCUAUUCAGGACAUGUUGAACAAGAUGAAGAUCGUUCGUGGAACCGACCCAAUCUCCCUGGAAGCUGAUGCGAAUGCCACCAUUCUCUGGAAGGCGCUGGUUCGAUCCCGGUUGUCCUUCAAGGAGAUUGUCAAGGAUCAUCGUCUGAACAAGCUUGCCUUUGAUCACAUCCUGGGCGAACUGCUCAACAGAUGGGACCGAGCCUUUGUCAGCCCCGGUGAGAUGGUGGGUGUCUUGGCUGCCCAGUCCAUUGGAGAGCCCGCCACUCAAAUGACCCUCAAUACCUUCCAUUUUGCCGGUGUGUCUUCGAAGAACGUUACCCUUGGUGUGCCUCGUCUCAAGGAAAUUCUCAACCUGGCAAAGAACAUCAAGACGCCUAGCAUGGCUGUGUACCUGGGCGAGAAGCUCGCAAGGCAGGAGCAAGCAAAGAAGUUGCGAAGCAUGGUUGAAUACACCAACCUACGUUCCGUGACCUCGGUCACUGAGAUUUACUAUGACCCUGACAUCCAGGCGACUAACAUCGAAGCUGAUGUGGAUAUGGUUGAGUCGUACUUCUUGAUCCCUGAUGAUACCCAAGACACUAUCGAUCAACAGUCGAGAUGGCUUCUGCGUAUCACUCUGGAUCGACAGAAGAUGCUGGAUAAGGAGAUCAAGAUUGAUGACGUUGCUCAGCGCAUCAAGGAGGAGUAUCCCACUGAUCUGUCAAUCAUCUUCAGUGACAACAACGCCGAUCAACAGGUGAUUCGUAUCCGAACCGUCUCGGCUGGCGACAAGGAUGAUGAUGGUGAUGGCAAGAUGGAGGAUGAUGUUAUGCUGAAGCGUCUCGAGGCUCAUCUUUUGGACACCUUGACCCUCCGUGGUGUGCCAGGCGUCGAGCGAGCUUUCUUGACCAAGGGUACCCGAAUGGUUGAGAGCCCCGACGGCGCACUGCUCGCAAUCAAGGAUGACCCGCGAUGCACGCAGUGGUACCUGGACACCAGUGGUUCCGCUCUGCGAGAUGUGUUGGCUGUCAACGGCGUGGAUCCUAGCCGGACGUACACCAACGAUCUUUGGCAAGUUGUCGAGGUCUUUGGUAUUGAAGCCGCUCGUUCCGCUCUGGUGAAGGAGUUGACCAAUGUGUUGGCGUUUGACGGUUCGUACGUCAACCAUCGUCACAUUGCGCUACUUGUUGACGUGAUGACCUACCGUGGUUCCAUCUCGGCUGUUACCCGUCACGGUAUCAACCGUGCGGACACUGGUGCUCUGAUGCGUUGUUCCUUCGAGGAAACCGUCGAAAUUCUCCUGGAGGCUGCUGCAACCGGUGAGCUUGAUGACUGCCGAGGUAUCUCUGAGAACGUCAUGCUUGGUCAGAUGGCCCCGAUGGGAACUGGUAACUUUGACGUGCUGUUGGAUCCCAAGAUGCUUGAGACGGUCAUCUCCGACAACUCUCGCAUGGGCCUGAUGCCUGGUAUGCCUGUCAAGGAUGGUCAGGGCGAAGGAGCUGCCACUCCUUACGACACUGGAUCACCCAUGGCUGACUCCGGCUACCUCAGCCUCAGCUCGCCUGCGGCUGGAAACUUCUCACCCAUCCAGGGUGCAGGAUCUGAUACCCCGACUGGCUUUGGAACCGAGUACAACGGUGGCAGCUUUGCAGGAGGCUCAAUGAGCCCCUACUCCCGUGGUGUGGCCAGCCCUUUCAGCACUUCGCCCACUUCGCCUUUCGGUGCCGGUUUGGGAGGAGGGUACUCUCCUUCGUCUCCAAAUGUCGGUUAUUCUCCUACUUCGCCAAUGAUCGAUGGCGGAAUUGGCAGAUACGCUACGUCGCCCUCAUUUAGCCCUUCGUCCCCGUCGUUUUCGCCUACGUCGCCGAUGUUGCGGCCUACGAGCCCGGCUUCUCCCAACUACAGCCCAACAUCGCCCAGCUACUCGCCUGCAUCGCCAUCGUCUCCUCGUCACUACUCGCCGACAUCGCCGGCUCAGUUCAACUCUCCUACGUCCCCCAGCUACUCCCCGGCGAGCCCCAACUACAGCCCAGCAUCGCCUAACCUCCACGCGGGCGGAGCUACCUCGCCAUCCUACUCUCCGGCAUCCCCUACUUGGUCUCCGACGUCUCCUGAAGCCUACUCUCCCACGAGCCCAAGCUUCCAGAGGAGCCCCGGGGCGCAGCACUCGCCUACUAGCCCGAGCUACUCGCCCACGUCGCCUUCCUUCUCUCCUCGGACCCCUGGUCCGGGAACGUCCGGAAACCAGUAUUCUCCUAAUUCGCCGACCAAUGAUUAAUUUUGAUUGAAUAAUGCAUAUGUGACACGGGCUGUCAUCAGUUUUUAUGGUUUUUUUCUUCUUUUUGGUGGGGAGGAAAUUGAGCAUCAUAGACCCGAAAAAGAGGUUGGCAAUACGGCAAAGAAGAAAACGCACAAAAAAAGAAAAGGAACAUGGCCAUUCCAGAUCGUGCGAGUGAUGCGGAGGAGGAAGCAGCGCAAGGAAACGACGAGGGGCAUUGUAAUAGCAGACAUGUACAAUAUCGACAAGGAUAGCGAAGGAGGCAGUGAGAUUGGGGGUUGAAAUGAAUAUAGGGUGAUGAGAUCCAGAUUGGAAUCAAGACUGCGGACCGAACGGGGCGGAUAGAGCAGCAUAUGCAGAACUUGAAAUGGAUUGGCCUAUUUUGCGAAAUUGAGCCCAGAAUUGUCCCAA